UCCAUUUAGCUGUUGAAUCCCCGCCCCCUUUCAAACUAGAUCUAAGAAAGCCAAAAUAUGUCACGUCCAACCAAGAUCACCUCGGUUACAGUGAAAGACAUCAGAUUUCCAACGUCUCUGCAGAAGGAUGGAUCGGAUGCCAUGCACAAGUCGCCUGAUUAUUCAGCGGCUUUUGUCACUCUUACAACUGACUCAGAUAUAACUGCUUAUGGGACAACAUUUGCUAAUGGAAGAGGGACAGACAUUGUUUGUUGUGCCGUGGAAGUGUUUGAGAAGAUGUUGGUUGGCAAGCAGCUGUCGGACAUUUUUGAUGAUUUUGGAAAUUUCUGGCAGUCUCUAGUUAGUGAGGAUCAAAUUAGAUGGCUUGGUCCAGAGAAAGGUGUGAUUCACUUAGCAACUGCAGCCAUUGUUAAUGCAUUGUGGGAUCUAUGGGCUAAGAUGGAAAACAAGCCACUAUGGAAAUUACUUGUAGACAUGGAACCAGAAAAACUUGUAUCCACCAUUGAUUUUAGAUACAUGGCUGAUACAUUGACUAAAGAAGAAGCUAUAGACAUAUUAAAGAAAAAGCAAGAUGGGAAGAAAGCAAGAGAGGAAGAACUUUUGGCUAAUGGUUUUCCUGCAUACACAACUUCCUGUGGCUGGCUCGGAUACUCAGAUGAAAAAAUUAAAAAGCUUGCAACAGAAGCUAUGGCUGCAGGAUGGACAAGGUUCAAAAUGAAAGUAGGAGCAGAUGUACAAGAUGAUAUCAGGCGGGCCAAAAUCUUCAGAGAAACCUUGGCAGAAGAUAUGCUGCUGAUGGUGGAUGCUAAUCAGAAAUGGGAGGUGCAGGAAGCCAUUGAUUGGAUGAAACAAAUGAAGGAUUACAAGAUUCUGUGGAUCGAGGAACCCACAAACCCUGAUGAUGUCAUGGGUCACGCUGCAAUAGCAGAGGCACUUGUGCCACUGGGUAUUGGAGUUGCCACUGGAGAAAUGUGUCAGAACCGAGUGAUGUUUAAACAGUUCCUGAAGGCCAAUGCCAUGCAGUACUGUCAGAUUGAUGCCUGUCGACUGGGCGGGGUCAAUGAAGUGCUGGCUGUCAUUCUUUUGGCUGCCAAAUUCAAUGUUCCUGUCUGUCCCCAUGCAGGGGGUGUGGCAUUAUGCGAAUUAGUUCAACAUCUUUCUAUGUUUGACUUUGUUUGUGUGUCUGGAACAAUGGAAAAUAGAAUGAUAGAGUUUGCAGAUCAUCUUCAUGAACACAUGUCGUCCCCAGUUGUCAUCAAAGGUGGACGGUACAUGGCACCACAGGCUGCAGGCUAUCUGGUAGGCAUUAAGGAGCAGGCCUUAGCCGACUUUGUUUAUCCUGAAGGAGCAGAGUGGCAGAGGAUGUUUAAGGAAGGGCUGUUUCAACAAGAAUGAAUGGCAGACAUUGUGUCGGGAGUGUGCAUGUGUAAAUACAAGUACAUGUAGUACUGUACAUGUAAAUCCAAGAGACUUAAUUAUAUAAUUACUCUAGAGAGAUGGUAACCAAUUUAUAUUGGGGAACCAUAAAUACAUGCAAUGAUGAUCGUAUAUGGUGCUAAACAGGUUGUAAUAAUGUGAAAAUUGUAGUUUUUCAAUAAAAACAAUGUUGUAAUACUACCUAUGAUUUUUAUUCUAUGAUACAGAUAUAUAUUUGGAGAGGAAUAAUAAAAAUUUUGUUUAAAGUGGGACACCAAACAUUUAUUUCCUUACAUACUAACAAUUGUGUAUAUCUAUCAUUUGUUUGCUUGAAAAAUGAUGAUGAUUUUAACUUUAGAUUUUGUUGAUGUUGAUUGUUUUUCAUAUUAACUUUAUGCUGUGAUAAUAUUCAUUUGAUGCAGUUUCUUUCAGAUCCGUAUUAAAUGAAAUGGAUUUAAAUUCUGUGAUAUAAUAGCAAUUAUGUAUGAAUGAAGUAUAAAUAAUAUUAAAUAUUGAAAACUUGU